UUGAAAUUGUAAUAGAACUGGUAUUGUUUACAAAUUGUAAAUCAGAGUCUGAUCCAGAAUGGAAAGUGGUUACGAGAAAGUCACUGUUGAAAAAUUGAUUGGACACUGGAAUGCCAAUUACCCUGAUUAUCCACUUACACUUGCUGACCUGAAGAAACCUCACGCUGUGAUGGGAGCCGUGCUUCAGGUGUUCCACCGACUAGGCAUUGAUGUAGAUGCAGUGUUGUCUCCUCCAUCAGAAGGAAACCUCAAUGAACAUAUAAUCUACUAUCGGGAUCUUCUUCCCGCUAUAAACAUGAAACGAGUGAUCAACCAUAUUGUUGAUGCCAACCUCAGUGUUACUCACUUCCUGCAGCCAACUAUCUCUACUUCACACUCUAUACUGUUAUUGUUGUUCAACUUGUCCUUAUUCAAUGAAGAACGACUCAGGGAUAUUGCACCUAAUGAAGAGGAAUUGUUUGGAAAAACUGACGAGGUUAAAUCACUGGAAGACUACAAAAACAGACUAUUGGAGAUGUUAAAUGAACAAGCAGAGGAAAAAGGCAAAAGGGCAGAGAGAUUAGAAAAGUUGGCAGAAGAAACCAAACAAUUUAAUGAAGAGUUGGCACAAGAGAAAGAGGCCCUUGAUGCAGAGAAACUAGAAUUAGAUUCAAUCUUGAAGGAGAACCAUCAAUUGGAAGUUGUUGUAGAACAAAAGAAAGGCCUCAAGGAAGCUCUGCUUGCAGAAGUGCAACGGAAACGAGCUUUGAGAGUCUAUGAUGCCGACGAUAUUAAGGCUCAGGCAGAGAAGGCAACUCAAAAUGUCCAAGAAGCGGAGGAAAAAUUGAAUUCCCUCCGUGCCAUACUGAUGGAGAAAGAAAUUAGCUUGAAAAACCUGCAGACAAUAAAGCCUACUUUGGACAAUUCUAACAAUCUUUUGCAUGAGAUUAUGAAAUUGUCUGAGAGUCUGAAAGACUGUGAGUCUGGUGAUUUGGACUCUGACAGUAAGGAGGGCGAGUUGGACGUAUUAAACACGGAGGUUACGGAACUGGAGGCUCAAUUGGCUGAGCUACAGACUGCUAGGGAAGAAGUCCGCACCAAACGACAGGAGGCAAAAGCUCGACGCUUGCAAGAACAAACGGCUGCUCAAAUUGCUUUGAGAGACGCUGAGGAAAAGGAUAAGAUAUGCCGUGACAGGUCCAAAAAAGCCACGCAAAGAACCGAAGAAAUCAAGCAACUGACCGCCAAGUAUGAACAAGAGAAGCAUAUGGGAAUGGAGGAAUUAGCCAAAAUCCAAAACGACUUCACUAAAGAUCUGAAAAAUAUGGAGGAUGCUUUAUUGAAGAAGGUGACUGAAGCCAAAAGAAGGAUAGAAGAUAAAUUAAGAAAUAAAAAUUUUUGAAUUGAUUUGCA